AUGGAAAAUGCAAAGAAAAUGAUACUUAUUGAACCUGGAUUGAUUGAAAAAUUAAAACAGGAAAAUAAGGUUAAUAGUAAUUUGUCUCGAUUAGAUAUUGAAAUGCAAAACAUUAUGAAUAGUAAGACGGAAGACCAUUCAAAUGAGUCUAAAAUUGUCUUUAAAAAUAAAGACAGCGACCUAAAACGUAUAGUUAAUGCCGAAGCUUUGUUGGGAGAGAAUGGAUCCAUUAAAAGUGAAGAAAAUGAUACAAAUCCACUUUACACACCAACUCAAAUACUCAGUUUAAUACCAAAAACUUAUAAUAAAAAAGGUCAGUUAUUAUUAAAUUUAGUGGGAACAAAUAAAAGUAAAAUACAUUGGGAUAAUGAAGGCACAGUCAUAAUUGAUAAUGAAAAAAUUCCUGGAAGUAAUAUCGUUGAUUUAAUAAAUGAUUCACUAAGACCCUUAAAAAAAAGUGAUCCGAUAGGGUGGGAUAGAUUUGCUAAAGCAUUAAAAGAUAUUAAAGUACCACUUACUUAUAUUGGAAACCCGAAAAGAUGUGAGUUUAUUAAUCAUCUUCAAGCAAAUGAUCUGAAAAUAACCUCUGAGAUUGAAGAUCAAGAGUUUUCUACACCGAGCAGUGAAGAUAAAAGAUCUUUAAAUAAAAUACGGAGAAAGCUCGAAUGGGAAAAAUGGACCCCGUAC